GCAAUUCUUUCUGUUGGUGCGACUUCUGUCUCUUGAGGGGAGCAAAUGGAAUUUGGCAACACGGGAGGGACCCCAAAGCCCAGGCUGCCCCUUCCUCCCCGUCCUCUGCCUCUCUCUUUCCCCACCUCCAACCCCCUCUCCUCCUCCUCCUCCUCCUCCUCCCUCCAUCUCUCCUUCUCUCCCUCCAUCCAAAUUCCUUUCUCCCCUCCUCUCUUUCUGUUCAGAUCCCUCCUUCUUUUCCCUCCGACGGAGAAAGAAAGAAAGAAGAAAGAGCGGGGGUGCCUGUGCUCGCUCCGAAGAGACAGACCUCCCACUGCCCUCAUUCCCAAAACUUCCCUCAGGUGUAUCUACCCUGUCCCCAAACACCACAGCAAUGCCUCAUGGCAUGAGCUUGCUUUUGGUGGCAGUGACGUGGGCCGUGGCCUCCCCUGCCGACACUUGCAAUAAAGCCCUCUGUGCCAGUGAUGUCAGCAAAUGUCUGCUGCAGGAAGUGUGCCAGUGUGAAGCAAACCGUGCUGGCUGCCCAUGCUGUCGGGAAUGUGCCUUUUGUUUGGGCAACCUCUGGGAGACUUGCUGUGAUUGUGUGGGGCUCUGUGAUGAACGCCCUCUCUCAGCCCCUCGCCCAGCCCAGCGAAGCUCCAUGCACAACCUGAUGUCACCCGUGCCCUCUCUCUUCCGGGCACUCACAGCCAUCUCCGACAAUGAGUCUCCCAUGGGCUGGAGCAUCUUGACUCUGCCAGUUGAGGAGGAGCUGAGACAGAACCAUGUAGAGACAGACCAUCUCUUGCUGGGGCCACACACAGGCUUGGUUCUCCCAGAUGCUGAAGGCCUCAAUGCCACCGCACCACCUUGCCAGUCCAUUUUCUUCAACGAGUGCCUAUCCAUGAGCCGAUGCCGGACAGCUUGCCAGUCGGUGGGAGCCUGGCGCUACCGCUGGUUCCACAAUGCCUGCUGCCAGUGUGUAGGGCCUGACUGCCGGGGCUAUGGUGGAGCCCAAGCAAUUUGUUCCAACUGCCGGGAUUAACUCACCAUUUUUAUCUUUAUAUGUACAUGUACACAUACAGAUCCACAUAUGCAGUGCCUUCAACAACCUACCUACCUAUUUACCUCUCUCUCCCACCUUCCCUUUCUUCCUAUUCCUAGUGUUGUGAGCAAGACUAGUCCAAUACAUUUUUGCUACCCAAAGUGCUAAAGCCACCCAAGUGCUGAAGGAUCCCUGUAGUCACAUAGGAAGAAUCUCUCUUCAGAUCUUUCCCCAGUCCUGAACUUUCAGAACUUUCCAAGCCUAUUGCUUCCUAUGGACCCAUGUACAGAUUGUCGGACUGCCUAUCUCCUUUUUUAAUAAUAAAUAAAUAGUUUUGUCUGUAGGUUUUGUAUUUCAGUUGUGAAAUUCCAAGAUGCCCUUGGUCCUGUGUAUCCGAGGGCUGUGCAUCCACAGAUUCAACUAACAAAGUAUUGGUUCUCAAACUGCUAUCCUUCCGAUGUUUGGAACUUCAAGUCCUGAUAUUCCUGAGCAUCAGUCUUGAACUACCAUAAUCCCUUAGCCAGCAUUAUAAUCUAAUAAAGUAACUGCUUGAGGCUCUUCUCCCCUCUCUUAUAUAGAAUAUCUUGACUGUUUAUGUUCUGCUUCCUGAUCUAAUCUUAUAGGCAAGUUCUCCUGGUGGCUUUCAUCUGCUCCCCAUAGAUGUGCCAUAGGGAACAGAGAAUUCAUUUCAUUGGCUUUGGCAGCAUUGGGAUACUGUACCUAGCAAAGAUCCCUGUAGCCAUAUAGGAAGAUUCUCUAUUCAGAUCUUUCCCCAGUCCUGAAGUUUCUGAACUUUCCAAGCCCAUUGCUUUCUAUGGACCCAUGUACAGAUUGUCGGACUGCCUAUCUCCCUUUUUAACAAUAAAUAGUUUUGUCUGUA